CACUUUUUUUUUUCUUUUUGCUUAGAGUAAAGCAGAAAGGAGUAAGAAGAUGAAGAACGAUCUUUUAUAUCUUGAUGGCUUACAUUACAUCAAAAACGGCUCGAUCAAGUCAUUUCCAUCAGAGGAAGAGGAGCAAGCAACCCAUUCUAAACUAACAGCAUUCUUGGGGACCGGAUUGGGUAUGAACGCAUAUCCCGAUUGUAUGUGUCAAGAAAGUAAUGCUGCGCCGAUGCUAAAUAUGGAUCAUCAACCUAAAACAUGGAAAGACGGUUUAAGUGAUCAGCCUGCAGAUGCCCUAUGUCUUACUGCAAAGCAAGCAAGAUAUCAGGAACUUGUUUAUGAGAUCAUAACGACAGAACAAGUCUAUGUUGAUGAUUUAAUACUUAUUCAUGAAAUAUUUAUUAAAGAUGCUCUCGAAUGGGGUGGUUUGCUCUUUCCUGUUGAAAGAUUAUUCAAGUCUAUCAAAAGUAUCACCGAGCUUCAUUGGAAAUUACACAUGGAACUAAGAUUAAAGCAAAAGAGCGUUUACCCGGCAAUCGAUGGGAUCGCAGAUAUCUUUAUUUCUUAUUUACCCAAGCUUGAAAUAUACUUCUCUUAUUUUCGUGAUUUUGAAAGAGCCAGUGCUUUGAUUCAGGAGAGUAUCAGGUGUCAAGAUGAGCUUGGUUCAUUUAUACAGCGACGAUCUGCUUGGUCAGAAUGCAAGAGCUUGCCAAUGUCAGCUUAUUUAUUAAAACCGAUACAGCGUAUCAUGAAAUACCCAUUGUUUUUCAAGUCAUUAAGUGAAUGUCUUGAUCCCAAUGACACAGAAGCAUCGCGUAUUUCUUUCUUUCUUGAAGAACUGGAUAAAUUGCUUCGAAAUUUGGAACAAGAGAGAAAAGAGGCAGAGGAGUUUUUGAAGCUUGAAGAUUUAUCAUCACGAAUAAAGGGUUUGGAAGGAUCAACCAUUCAUAUCGCUGAACCAAAACGAAAACUCAUUUACGAAGGAUACCUGACGAUCAUACCAUCUUCUAAUCAGCAACAGUUAUUGCUUAAUAAAAUGAGCUCCUCAACCAUAUCCUUUGCAAGUACAGCUGAAACACCCAAGCUUCGAAGAAGGAAUAGUGCAUUUACGAUAUCGUCGAGAAAAUAUGAUAGAGCAUAUGUGUUUUUAUUCAAUGAUCUUAUUGUUUGCACUCGGAAGUAGAAAAAGAUCCUUGGCAGUGGACGAGAGGGGGUUUGCACUCAUGCCAUCAAAGGGAACCUAUUAUGGGCCAUCUCCUGAUUCUCUUUUUGAAAUAAUACAUUCUCCAGGCAAGCUCACUAUGGUCAACCGACACAUUACCCGCGAGAUGUCACCAGUAUCUCGAAGACCAUCACGUAAAGGAUCGACAUUUUUUCAAUCCUUAAAACGAUACGGUAGCCGUAUUAUUGACGAAGAUAUCAGCACAGACAUGUCGGAUCCACCUUCACCUCUUUCUUUAUCACAACACAGUCUCUCCUUUCUGAGUCCAGAGGUCAAUCAGCCCAGUAUAGAAGAACAUCCCUUGCAGUUCAUUUGCUCAAU